AAAGCUUCCUCUUCCUCUCGAUCCCCUUUUUUUUCUCUCCCAUGGCGGUGGCGAUCGCCGGCGCCGCCACUCGCCGCCUCCUCCUGGCGCCCGCCCGCCGCAGGGCCUUCUGGUCCUCGCCCUGGGCGGAGGAAUCUCCGCACUCCCCUGGGCCCUCCGCCGACGAGAAUAAGAAGAAGAAGCCCUCGUCCCACCACCGCCUGGCCGCGGUCAUGGACGCCGUCGCCGACCGCAAGCUCCCUCCCGAGCUCCGCGGCCGCGCCAACGCCGUCAGAUCUGAGACUGAUAUAAUCAAUGUUGUGGAACAAAGAAUAUGGCAUUCAAUGGAAGAAGGGCACUUUGAAAACCUACCUGGGAAGGGAAAACCUUUAAACCUCAAUUCAAACCCUCAUGCUGAUCCUGCAGAAGACACACUUUACAGAAUACUUUCAAGGAACGGCUGCGCACCCGAAUGGGUUGAGCUGAACAAGGAAAUUCGAGGCAUGAUUGCACGAUGGAGAUCAGCAUUGAGGAAGGCUUGGGCGAACCGCUCUGAGGAUGAUCGUUCUACCUGGCAUGAUGAUCACAGACUGCUUCAGGAACAAAUUCGCCAAAUAAAUGACAAGGUUUUCCGAUACAAUCUGAUAGUGCCCUUUGGGCGCCAAAUGUUUGGUCUUAACUGGGACAAGGAGCUGGACAAAUUGAAACAGUAAGACGGGAAAAGUGUAGGCUACUGGGAUGCAGUUUUAUAGGCAUUAUCCUGUAUUUUGUUGUAUCCAAGAAUACCUUAGAACUCGAGCAGUGGUAAAUAGCUUGAAUAAAAAAAUUAAGAAACUAUAGUUAUAUACGCGGCAUUUUUGUAGUCAUCUUGCUCUUGGAUUUAGAUUUUCAGAUGUUAGCCUGCAGUGUAGGACAUGAAGCAAAGGGGGUCGAAAUAAUGGUGUGUAGCAUGCAGAACAGCUAAUUUUCUGCAGCAGAGCUGAAUACUGAAGUUGUGUGCUGUACUAUAGUAGAAUUUGAGAAUGGUUUCAGAUUAUUCACAUUGCGUUGCUUGGCCCUUUUUUGCUUGCGAAA